UCAUUUUCGCAGCCCUCACAACCUAACCUCUGAAACUCCUCCCCUUCUCCAUUGCGCAGCUGCGCCGCUUUCCAACUUCCAGGUGCCGCGCCGCUUUCCAACUUCUCUACCGGCUGCUGCCAGCCUGCCCCUGUCGACGCCGUCGCCGGCAAUUUCUCUCCGUCGACAGCAAUCUCUCUCCGGUGCGUCGUCUCUCUCCGGAAGUAGCUGAAAAUGAAACGAUAUUAUAAUCACAUAGUUACUACAAGUGGGGCGGGUUCAUCUUCAACGAUUAAUGGUCCUAAUGCACGUGUGGAACCUGAAGCAUCACCAAAAGAAGUGAAUAUUGAAGUUGAUCUUCAGCUUGAGCCAUCUUCGAAAGUGGUUGAUUUAUUAAAUCUUCCAAGUGAUCCGGGACUACGGCCUAACAUAAUGAGCUAUCCUCCAAACAUGAUUGAGCAGGUGCGUAGAGCUUAUUUAUUAAAAGGUCCAUGUCAACCGCGUAAUCAUGAUUUUCCACAGAAGAUAGAGGCCAAUAGAAAGCGAAAAUUUGUUUCGGCUUGGUUUGAUGAAUUCAAGAUGUGGUUGGAAUAUAAUAUUGCAAAAGAUGCUGCUUUUUGCUUAUAUUGUUAUUUGUUUUCAUCGGGUAGUAGCGAAAAAGGACAUGAUGCUUUUAUAUCUGGAGGGUUUAAUACUUGGCGCAAGAAAGAUAGAUUGAGAGAUCAUGUUGGAGAGGUUAAUAGUGAUCAUAAUAAAUGUAGAUUGGCAUGUCAAGAUUUGAUGAAUCAAGCCCAACACAUUGAGGUGACAAUUUCUAGAGUAUCUAAACAGUCACAGAUGGAUUAUCGCUCUAGAUUAGAUGCAUCAAUAAAGUGUCUCCGCUAUCUCCUUAUGCAAGGAAUGGCUUUUCGAGGACAUGAUGAGUCAGAAGAAUCUUUGAACCAAGGCAAUUUUAUGGAGCUUUUGAAACUUUUGGCUUCUUGUAGUAAAGAGAUAUCUAAUGUUGUGUUGAAGAAUGCUCCUGAAAACUUGAAACUUACAUCACCUGACAUUCAGAAAGAUAUCAUAAAUGCAAUUGCAGUUGAGACUACUAGAGCUAUCAUUGAUGAUAUUGGUAAUGAUUUUUUUGCCAUAUUAGUUGAUGAAUGUCGGGAUGUGUCUGUCAAAGAGCAAAUGGGUAUUGUUCUACGCUAUGUGAAUAAAAAGGGAUGUGUCAUUGAACGAUUUAUUGGUCUAGUGCAUGUUAGUGACACAAUUGCUACCUCACUUGAGAAGGGAAUUGAUUCCUUAUUUUCUACUUAUGGGUUGAGCAUUUCUAGUUUGAGAGGUCAAGGAUAUGAUGGUGCAAGUAACAUGAGAGGUGAAUUCAGUGGAUUGAAAACUUUGAUUCUCAAGAGGAAUCCUAAUGCCUAUUAUGUUCAUUGUUUUGCUCAUCAGCUUCAACUAACAAUUGUUGCUGUUGCGAAAAAGCAUAUCAUUAUUGGGUCUUUCUUUAACACUAUCUCGCGUUUAUGCAAUGUGGUUGGAGGUUCAUGUAAGCGCAGGGAUAUGCUUCGAGAGAGCCAAAGAGAGAAGAUUAUGGAAGGCAUUGCAAGUGAUGAAAUUAAGACCGGAAGGGGAUUGAAUCAAGAAAUGGGGAUGAAACGACACGGGGACACUCGUUGGAGUUCUCAUUACGGUACUCUCAUCAACUUGAUUCACUUAUUUACUUCUGUUGUUGAUGUUCUGGAGUAUGUUGGGGCAAAUGGUACCGAUGAUUCACAAAAAUCUGAAGCUAUGGAUUUGUUAGAUGUUAUUAGUCGAUUUGAGUUUGUCUUUGUGUUACAUCUGAUGAAGAAAAUUUUGGGAAUUACACAUGAUCUAUCUCAAGUGCUACAAAGGAAAGAACAAGAUAUUGUGAAUGCAAUGAGACUUGUUAAUGUAGCAAAAACUCGCUUGCAAGCAAUGAGAGAUAAAGAAUGGGAGAUGAUGUUAACUGACAUUUCUAUGUUUUGUAGUAAAAAUGAGAUAGAAAUGAUUGAUAUGGAAGAUGAAUAUGCACCUCGAGGAAGAGGAAGGCGUAGAGUUGAGAAAAUGACAAAUCUCCACCAUUAUCGAGUUGAGCUUUUUUACACUGUGAUUGACAUGCAGGUUUUAGAGUUAAAUCAACGUUUUGAUGAAGUCAACACAGAAUUGAUUUUAUGCAUGUCAUGUUUGGAUCCUAGAGACUCAUUUGCUGGAUUUGAUAUUGAAAAGCUAGUUCGACUUGCAAAGUUUUAUCCGUCUGAAUUUUCUGAAGUUGCUUUGUAUGAACUUGAAAGUCAGCUUGAGAACUUUAUUGUCGAUGUGCGCAUGGAUGAAAAGUUCUUAGAACUAUCAGGGAUUGGAGAUCUUGCUGAGAAGAUGGUUUCUACAAGGAAACAUGACAUUUUUCCUUUGGUGUAUUUGUUAGUUAAGUUAUCAUUGACUUUACCAGUUGCUACUGCUACAGUUGAAAGAGUCUUUUCAGCAAUGAAGAUCAUCAAGAGUGUUCUUCGCAAUCGUAUGGGAGACAAUCUUUUGAACGAUUGCUUAGUACCUUACAUCGAAAAGGAUGUGUUUGUAAAUGUUACUAAUGAAGCUAUUAUGCAGAGGUUUCAGAACAUGAAAAACAGGAGAGAAAUGUUAUGAUUUCUGAAAAAAAUUGUUUAUGUUGUUUAUUUGACUUGUUAUGUAAUUUAAAUGACAUUAUAGUUGUAUUAGUGAUUAUUAUUUAUUUCGAAUUUUUUAUUAUUUAUUUA